AUGUACAAGGGAAAGAAGUUCAGAAUGAAGUAUUUGCUUCUAACUUUCACAAGUAUAGUGUGCUUCGCUGAUAGCAUGACUUAUAUAAGAGCAAUAGAAUUGCCAGCAUUAAGUGAAAAUAAGCUAAAUACACUAGAGUGCGCAAAAGAGGCCACAGAAAGAGAUGCUUUUGAUGCUAAGCCGAUAGAGAAAGCCGCAGCACCUAGUCUAUGGUGUGGCUGUGUAAAUAAAAAAAAGAAUGCGGAGAAAAGCAAAAAGAGUGCGAACUCAAAGAAGCAGAAAGACCUGGCCGUAUUGGAUGCCAAUAUAUCCUCAAAGGAAUGUGCAGGAAAAGAAGAAAAAAUAACACCUGCACUAGAGUCAGAAGAGAGCGAAAGCUGUAGAAACUGCAAAAAGGAAGACACAAAUUCACUAGAUAGACCAAUGAAUAGAAAUACGAUCUAUCGAGUUAGAGCUGAAGUACAUCAUGCACCCAUACUAGAUACACCCAGAAAAGAGUACAGGAUGGAGGAGCUCUAUAUGCUAAACGAGAUAAAAAAUAAUGAAGACCUAGCAAUCUCUCUCAUUCAAAUAAAGAAUAAAGAAAUAGCAGAUAUUAAAAAACACCAGCAAAAACACAUGACUUCAUACAAUUUGAACCAAAUGGAAAGAAUACACACAGUUCAAGCGCUUAGCUCUUGCUAUAAUAAGCUUGGUAAUGAUAGAGUGUCUGACGGUAUAGACUACGAGUACAAAAGCCUGAUGCAAGAUAUCGAGCUUCUGCAUGCAGAGAUCAAUGAACUGGAAGAAAUCAGAGAAUUGGAAGACUCAUUGUAUCAAAAAGCUAUUGAUCAGAUAGAACACGUGAAAAAAACCAUACAUACAUCAAGAAAAGCCAGCAUGGCGUAUCUUGUGCAGGGAAUAAAAGUAGAGAAAGCGUAUGAAAAUACACUGAAGGCGUCAUUUGAACUUUUAAAAGGCAGUAUAGCUAUGGAAAAUACAUUGCUUUUGAUCAGAGAGAAAGAGAAAGAGCAUUUGACGGAGGCUGAAAAGGAGGUGGCUCCAUUGGAAGAGCUAAUAGGAUUGCAUAAAAAGCACUUGCUGCAUAUGGAGAGGGGAGUUGAUAUUCUAUACAAUAUGAUUCGCAUCCAGAAAAACAUUAUAUUCAAGGCAAUUGAAAGAGAGCGGAUCUAUCUGACAUACGAUAAAGUAGUAGGUGAGUGUGAAAAACAGCUGUAUAAUGCAUAA